GGCCUCCCGUUUCCUUUGCAUAUUUUUAUGGCAAACAUUUUUGUUUGCAAUAUAUUCCAUUGUCGCGAGCGGCAAACUGACAGCAAGAAAUUGUUCCGGCGAAUUUUUUCAAAACUCCGGUCAUCAACAGAUCACGAAAAAAAUCCAGUGCUCGAAAAAGUGUACUUUGCCGUUUCAUGGUGUCACUUUGCGUUGGCUACAGCACUGCAUAUAUAAUCAAAAUGAUUCGCUUUUAUUUUCUUAAAUAUUAAAAAAGCGUCAAUAAUUUACACUAAUUUCAUGUUCUGUGAUAUUGCUUAUUUGUCUUUGCAAGCUUGUUCAGGAAGGGCUUUAACCAGCAGCUCUUGAGCACAUCCACAUUGUUGAAGCAAUUAACUUUUUUUUUAGUGUACACGAAAUCCUUCUUUUUUAUUUCAGCAAAUUCACUCCCAUUAUACCCGCAUUCGUAAGAUAUAUUCCAUGUGCCGCUCCUUUGCUUUUCAACCAUAACAUUAUUGAAAUACUUCCACUUUUGCAGAGAGGCUUUCUUUUGACACAUGUGCCUCAUAUUAUGCAUUCAAAUGAUAGCGAAAGGAAUCUGAAGCUUGAAAUGAGCACUUCAAGAGCUUCUCACUCAUAUAAUUUAAAUGUAUGAUGGAAGCUGAGCUGACAAGUGCAGCUUAUCUUUGGCAAUACUGGUAUAAACAUUUUUUUAAGAAAUACAGAUUAUAGGCUUGCUAGUUAAAGGGUUAAUUGGGCAUUUGUGCUGAAAUCCAUGUACACUUAUAAACACAUUUUGUGUGCAAAACAGUUAAGUAUUGAACAUGUGAAAUUUUUUAAGGUACCUAGUUUUUAGGUUUGUGCGAGUAUUUUAACUGUUUCCACUACAUAAUACAUAAGUUCCAAAGAAGAACUUGACAAGAAAAAAGGAAACAAAAGACUGUGUAGACCAAUCAUCCAUCCAUCUGACGUUAAAGUAGAUGGUGCAAGUGAAGCAGACCCACCUGCAUCACAAAAACAGGCCUUCAAACAGGGCAACAAGAAAGCCAGGCAGAUUGAAGCAGACUCAAAGAGAACUGCCUAUAAAAAUAUAUUAAACGAGCACUUAACUAGUGUUUCAAGUCAAAAUGAAGGUGCCCGUGCUAUUCAGGUCGCCAGAAAAAAACGGAAGCAGCCGGAGAGUGAGUCAGGCAGUGGCACUGAUGAUGAUGUCUCCCUUAAAGAAUUGAAGCAUGCCAAGACUGACGCACGUUACUGGCGCUGCCGGUAUGAAGGCUUCUGCAAAAGAAAACACCGAGCUGCAGGGCAUCAAUGAAUAACAGCAUUGAUGUGAAACUUUGAACAAGUCAGUGGUGCUAGUUGUAUCAUUGAUUUGCAGAAUUUUAUGACAUUUUCGUAAUAGGAUUCAAACUAAAUGAUGUUUUGUAUGUCUUUAGUUGUAGAAAUGCUGGAGUCACGCAAAGUAGAGCUUCCUAAAGUGCAGGAGUCUCGUACAGGUUAAGUGCAUUACACUGCAUGAAAUAUUCCACCUUGUUUUUUUUUUUUUUUUUCUGUAAAGGGACCCUGAAAAUAUCUUCACACAUUCAAGGCGCAGUUUAAGUGCUUGAGUUAACCGUGUAAUCUUUACAUGCACAAAUUCACACUCAUAUGCAGAUUUUUGCCAAAUCCCGCUUUCAUGACGUGUAUGAAAGUGACAUCACUUAAGAAAGCAUUCUCAUUGCUUUUUAUUUAUGUCAUCGAAAAGGUCUUUAAUACGACACCGUGCUUAAAUUUCCAAGUAAUGAAAUGUUUAGUUAGUGAAUGAUUUCCCAAGCGAUGUCACGCAAAGCGGGACUUGGAAAAAUCUGCAUAGCGCAAGGGCACUGCAAUGCCAGCGGUGGUGAUUUCUCCACAUGUGAAUUUGUGCAUGUAAAAAUUACAUAGUUAACACAGGACUUAAACUGUGCUCUGAAUAUCCCGAGGACUUCUGCGUUUUUAGUGUGUCUGUAAAAAUUGUUUCAGGGUCCCAUUAUUCAAAUACUUUUCUUAAUUUUUUUUCUUUCUAGGCUUUUCUUAAUUCACUUUGAUUAGUAUUAAAUAUUAUAUGGGCUUGUGGCAGACAACAGUGUCACAUUAUUUUUUCACGUAUUCGACCUGUUAUCCUAGUAAAAGUGCAUGUCUGUCAUCAAUUGUGUUCGUAAAUGUCACCUGCCAAAAGUGAUUUUAUGUGUAUAAAUUAAACGAACAUGUAAAAGAAACUUUAACUAGUUUAUCGAAGCCAACAUUUUUGGUUCAUGUUAGUUUUGCUUCUGUGCUGUUCUACCGUCCAAUUCUCAUUAGGCAUUUGAAAUAAGUGUUGGAUAGCUACAUGUCUGUCUCUUACCUCAUGUCAUGUUCAUGUGAGGACAAUGUAUAAAAACACAAUCUUUCUUUUCAGUGUUCAAAUAAUGGCCCCUUGCAGUGAUGCCUUUAAAUAUCGUGUUUUACUGCACUAUGGCAAGCAUACAUGAAGCCAUAGCCAGUGUUUUAUUUCAAGGCAUGCUCUCAGUUUAAUUGCCUGUAACAUGUUUCUCAAUGGUAGGUGGUAGUUCUCGAGAUGAAAAUUAUCUUGAGGAGUAUGCUGGACUUUGAAGUACCACCUUCCUUGGCCCAAGAAAGCCCCCCAAGCCCAAUUCCAAGCACUAUGACUGGUGACCUGACGAGGCAGCCUGCUGAAGAGCCACUGGCCGCAGCUCACUUACAGGCUGCCACCCAGAAGGCCUUCACCAAUAUUGGCAGUGGUAGGUACCAUGUGACGAAUGGCUUUUGUAUAGGCAGCCAGCAAGCAGAAAAAAUCAUGGCGCAAACGAAGCCAUCCUUAGUGGCAAAAGACAUGGCUCAAGCCAUAUGGGGCCGUGAGGUCCUUUCAAACAGAACAUACGGUGGUAAAUUAGCGCCAAAGGACUACAAAAGCCCAGGUGCCACUGUGAGGAAACAGCUGAGCCCUGAAAAGGUGGCUUUGAUCGUUGAUGCGGUGACACAUUGGGGCUCGCAAAACAACACUUCUGGGAAAGCCACCAUCGACAACAUGUCGACAAUCCUUUCGCAGAAGAUCCCAAGAUGUGAGGAAAAGCCGCCCAAUAGCUGGCUGGCUGGUCUGCCAGCUCCAGCUUUGUUCGAAUGGAGUUUUGGCGUCCUAUUGGCAACGGAAGCAAAUUGUCUGUUGGGGACACUCUUGUACUGGCUAUGGACUUCGCUGUAAAGCAUGGCCUGGCAUGGACUGCUAUUGAAGAUCUUUUAAAGUACCGAAACAAUCUCUUGGGAACUGAUGUACUUCCGGACAGCAAGUACCUCUUCAGGAAAUUCUCUAGAACUUCACCAGAAGAGAUGAAUUUCUUCUGUUGUCCAGUUUGCCAUCGUCUGUUGGCAAAGACAGGUGGGAGCUUAGAAGAGCGUAAUGGAAUGUCUGGGAUGUGUUGUGGAAAGCGCCACACUGGUCGCCAGUUGUCACAAAAAGGCUACUAUUUUGUGAGCUUGCCACUGAAGAAGCAGUUUGCUUCAGUACUUGCAGUGGACACCUUGAGGCAGGAGCUUUACAAGUUUGCGAGUGGCUGGAAAGAUGCAGAAAACAAGAACAGCGAUGUGACAGAUAUCACUGAUGGCGCCUUCUAUAAGCAACAGCGAAAGAAGCUUGGCUGCUGAAAACACGACCUGACAGUGACUGUGAAUGCGGACGGAAGUCCUGUAUUUAAAUCGUCUAAUUAUUCAAUCUGGCCUGUGCACUUGACCAUCAAUGAGCUCUGCCACCACACAUUCACUGGAGCAACAUUAUUUGUGCUUUGUUGUGGUACGGCACAAAGCAUCCAGAUAUGACACUGCUUCUUCAGGCGUUCAUGUUUGGAGAAAAUUAUCAG